AUGCACAAUGAUUACCAGGAAGUAGUCAAGGAGGGCUGGGAGUUCAGAAUUAAGGGCUGCAACCAGUUCAGAUUUGUUAAGAAGCUGCAUUCUUUAAAGAAACCUUUGAGAAAUCUUAAUAUUGUGCACUUUUCCUAUAUUUCAACUAGAGCAGAUAAAGCCAAUGCUGAAUUGAUGGACCUACAACAACUUUUGCAUGACAAUCCUUUUGAUACUGAUAUUCAGAAGAGGAUGGUUGAGAAGAAUAAUGAGGCUUCCAAACUUCGAGAAGUAAACAAAAUGUUUCUGGAUCAAUUAGCUAAGGGGAAAUAUUUAAAAGAAUGUGACAAGAGUAUGUCUUUCUUUCAUACUCUUAUGAGAAGGCACACUAGCAGGAAUCAUAUUUCUGCUAUUAUGAAGAAUAAAGGAGAACAAACAAAUUCCCAAACACAAGUGGCUGAGGAGUUUCUUCGUUUCUAUAAAGAGUUGUUGGGGAAGGAGGUGUAUAAUAUUAUGGUUGAUGAUCGAAUCAUUACAAAAGGUCGUAUCCUUAAUGAUUCUCAAAGAGACCAGAUUAUGACUCAUAUUACUAAUGAAGAGAUCAAGCAAGCAUUGUUUAGUAUUGGUGAUGGGAAAUCCCUAGGUCCUGAUGGGUUUUCAGUUUGUUUCUUCAAAAGAUCAUGGAAUACUGUGGGGAAGGAGUUUACUAAUGUUGUUAAAGAAUUCUUUUCAACGGAAAAACUUUUGAAGCAGAUCAACCACACUAUUAUUGCUAUGUUUCCUAAGUCUAGUCAUGCCUCAACUAUUAAUGAUUUUAGACCUAUUGCCUGUUGCAAUGUGAUGUAUAAAGUCAUUGCGAAGAUCAUAGCUGCAAGGAUCAAGCCUUGUCUUGAGGAUAUUUUUAACCCAGCUCAAUCAGCUUUUGUUAAACAUAGGAUUGUUGACUUUUUGAGUUAG